UCAUCGCGUCAGUCAAGUCACCGUUUCUUGCUCCUAAGUGAGGUAGGGUUAGAGUUUAAGUUUAUAUUCAUCUUCAUCUCUGAAGAAUGAGGUUUCUAGUUUUUUCCCUCUCGAGGCUGGCGUCGGGUUCUCCUAAACAGGACUAGAAAGCAGGUCUCAAGGACAUAAAAGACUUCAUUUGACGACAUCGACGAAUAAAUCUUUUGGGCACCCCUGAAGCCAGGCGAGCAUCAAGAAAAGUUGGUCCGUUCCAAGGAGGGCCGGCCUGCAAUCCACCCUUUGGUCGGGGUGUUGGAAUGACUGCAAAGAAGACUCAACCCUCGGUGCUGGUGCCGGUGCCACUGGAGCUGUUUGUUCAUGCUGCAAUUGACAGCGACGCCUUCUACACCUCUCAGGCUGCUUCUUUUACUGUCAGUACGACGGUGACCAACAGUCAGUCUCUGCCUUGGUUACUGCUUGUUGUGGCACAGAAGUGUUGCGCUGUCUUUGAUAGAGAGUCCUUUGGUUGGACGUACUAGUAGUCGUCGCUCCGUUGGCUGCCGGUGCCGUCGCUUCUCUUGGUGCUGGUACCGCAAGAGACGACAAGCUGCAUUGGCACCCAAGUGGGAAAGAGAAGGACGACUCGACUUUAGUCAGGCAUUGUUAUUCUAUUCAGCCUCUGUGCAACCGCGACAACCUACGCAGAAACGAUCGAGCAAACCAGUUCAAUCCAUUGGAAUUUCCGAUCGAGCUAGACAGCUAGGUGCCGAGUGACAAAAAGCUCUUGACCACAACAAACACACAUUCGCAAUGGAGGAACUGCAAGAUGCCAUCGAGGACGCCCAAUAUGUCAACGCCAUUUCGACACAGGAAGACGGUCCGCGGCCGGUUCUUCCUUGGGAGAUCCCGACAGAGGAGCAACUAGCCGAAUGGGAAACGAAAUGCAAAGAACAGAGCGACGGAGCCAGUGGACGCUACGGGGAGCCGCUUUCCUUUGAAUGGUACCUGUCGUCUGCUGUUGGGUUCUUCCACUUCUCGUCCUUUGUCAAAAGCGAAAAGGAUGACUACGUACGCAUCAACUUUGUAGAGGAAGUCCUGCGGUUUCAAAAGUCGAGAGGUAAAACACGGGUCGAGAAGGCAAGGUUCAUACUCUCAAACUACCUGCAAUCACCCAAACGCAACUUUGACAAUGGAGAGCCCGAAUUGCCGCCCAGAACGGAGAUUGAAGAGCUUGAUCUCGAUAGAAAACCGUCCAAAUUGGGAAUGACGAGCGAGGAAUUCCAAACGCUCUGCAAUCAGAGUAUAGACUCUGAAAACCUCUUUUGCUGCGUUGGCCUUAAAGGCGCUGUGAGAGACGAACUCAUCACAUCGGUGCAGUCCGGACUAGACAGAGCAGAAUCCAUCCAAAAGGCAGAGUCAGUACCGACCUUACCCGCUGGAGAUGACCCUGCCAGGCAACGACCCUCGGUAGAAGGGGGCGGCAAGUCAGAACCCUUGCAACCGACUUCUAUUUCCAGCGAGUCCAUGCGAGACUUGACCAGACGGCUACGGACCGAUGCUGCGGGGGAUAUGCCCUCUGAUAUAUUCAACAAAGCCGAGGCUGUAGUCUUUGAGGCCCUACGGAGACAAUACUAUGAGGCUUUCAAAGAGUCCAUCUGGUAUACCAAGCUGAGAAACUUUAUUUGGUUCCAAGAUAGACGGGUAGUACCAGAGGACUUCUUUGUCAUGAGAGUGUUGGGUCGAGGAGGAUUUGGACUCGUCACGGCUUGUAAAAAGGGAACUUCUGGGCAACUCUAUGCCAUGAAAGUGAUGAACAAAAAACGCAUCAAAAUGAAAAAGUCGGAACAGUUAGCACUGAACGAACGGAAAGCACUGGCGGCCGUGGAAUCACGGUUUGUUGUCAACUUGAAGUACUCAUUCCAUUCAAAGGACGACGUGUUCCUGAUUCUCGAUCUUAUGACUGGAGGUGACUUGGGUUACCAUCUACAUCAAAAAGGAAAGUUCCACAAAAGAGAGUGCCUUUACUAUGCAGCGCGUAUCAUGCUCGGACUGCAGGCGCUCCAUGACCAACAAUACGUGUACAGAGAUCUCAAACCGGAGAACUGUUUGUUGGCAGAAGACGGGAGAGUCAAGAUUACGGAUCUUGGGCUUGCCACAAAAAUCACACCAACGCUCCACGGCGCUGCCGGAACAAGAGGUUACUGGGCGCCGGAAAUGUUAAAACGUGACAAGAACGGAAGAAGAAUGCCAUACGGGCAUGCUGUGGAUUGGUUUAGCUUUGGUUGUUGUGUGGCCGAGUUUAUUUCGGGCUCGAAUCCGUUCCGAUCAGAGGCAGCACUCAACUUUGGCCUCGAGCGUGGCAAACAAACCAAGGAAAAAGCCAUUGAUUGUGCAACACAGGAGAUGGAUCCUGAGUUCAACCCCGAAAAGUUCGAUCCCGAAGCCGCGGAUCUUUGCAAACGGCUACUUGACAAAAACCACAGAACCAGAUUAGGCGCGAACGGGUGCGAGGAGAUCAUGGCGCAUCCGUGGUUCAGGAGAGUCAAGUGGGAGGAAAUAAUAUCAGAUAAGAAAAAGCCUCCGUACACGCCACCAAAGGACGUCAACGCGGCCCCACAAAGCGAGAUCGGGACAUUCACGGAGGACAAGGCCCUCCAGGAAAUUGUAAUUGAUGAAAGGGACGAAGAAGUGUACAAAAGCUGGGACUGGACGAACCCCAGAGCGUUCGCUGCGGAAGUGAUUGAGUUUUUGAUUUACGAGAGAACGACCGGUGAGCCGCUUCUCCCGAUCGCUCAGAACGCUUCUUGUUGCUGCAAUGUUUUGUAGUUGCCGGCCAACCCAGACCAAUCGAAUGUUCUACUCCGUCAAGUUUGAUAGUUUUCAUCAUAUGCCCCAGGGUAAGAUACUUUCGGGGCAGCCCUUCAAGAAUUUGCUGGUCGAAACCGCAGCCUUCGCAGCGGCCCCUUACAACUACGGUACGGUAUGAUACUGACGAGGAUUGACAAAAUUGAUGGCGGCUCGUUAACGCCAUUGAGACCAGAGAUCGGAAAAGCUUCACUGCUUGGUAGAAACGACAACGUCGUGUGUUUCAGGGUUUUAAGUUGAUUUGAUGGCAACUUCCGAGUCGUUGGGUGCACGUCGACCCUCGUAGCCCUGAUAAUCGUACUAGCUAUCUGACUGCUGUUUUCUACUACUCAAGCUUGCUCGACGGUUGCCCAUCGUGGAAACCAAUUAGUCGAGUCUGUUGCAGUACCGGUACCGUACGGUAGAGCCCGAGGAUUGCGGAGAGGGCAAAUCGGUGAGGACCUAACUAGCACAUGUACCGGUACCAGUAGAUCUUUUCAGAGAAAACUGCUUUCAUUACUUUUUCUUUUUAGACUUCUUCUGCUUUCCAGGCUCGAGCCCCAACUCUUUCAACCUGGCCAAUACUGGUUCCAGAUCUGUGUACCGCUUCUGUGCCAACUGGAAACCCUCUCGCUUCAGUUGCUUUUUGGAUGGUUCUUCAGUUUCGCCUGCUUGUUUCAAAGCCUCCAAGGCUUCAUCGUUCCAAUUGCUCUUGGUUCGAGCGUAGAAAUCAGCCAAGGCUUCUCCGUCUUGUGGGGUCCGAAGAGGAUUGCCGAGAUCGUGCUCAGCGGUGAGAUUGGCGAGUUCUUCACUCUGUCCCGCAACGCUGCCUGAUUUCUCUUCUUCUUCGUCCUCGGAAUCAUCUUCGUCAUCGUCGUCACCAUCUCCCCCGGUGCUGAUGUAGCUAUCAUCGUCAUCAUGGACAGCACCCCGCCAUACUUGCUUGUGCAUUGUCCCAGGCCAAAGACAGUUCCACUGGUUUCGUUUUCGCAAAUCGAGACUCCACAUGUCAUCGAGCGUAACUUCCCGAUCCCCAAUCUCCACCAAACCUCCAUAGAUAAAGAGGGUGUUUCGGUUGAUAAUUGCGCCGCACUUGAUUCUUGGCAAUGGUUCGUCACGCGGCAUUGCUUCUGGAGUCUUGGUCUCUGGAUCCAGCCGCAUCACGGAAGAUGACGUGAUGGUUGUUGCUCUGCCCACAGCAGGCCCACCUGCAUUCUUUUUGGAUGGUCUUUUGGCAGCAGGCUUUUCCUCUUCGUCGCUAUCUUCCUCUUUUUCUUCUUCUUUGGUUUCCUCCUCUUCUUCCUCCUCUUUUUCUUCGUCGUCACUGACAACCUUUUUGUUGUUGUUAUCCUUGUCGAAACGUUCGUAGACGAUAUUCCCCGAUCCAUCGACAAAGGCAAACAUGUUCUCACGAAGUUGAUCAAUGUUCCAACCAGUUGGUUGAGGAUUGUCAUCAUUGCCAUCAUCCUCGUCCAUGUCCAGAUCCAUGUUGUCAUCAUCAUCGUCUUCUUCAUCAUCCUUUUCCUCUUGGAUGAUUGCAGCGGGAAUCUCUUGUUGUUGCUGUUGCUGUUGGGCAUCGGCAGCCUUUUGUUGCUUUCUCACUUUGAGUGGGAACCAUCUUGGCUUGGGAUCGACAUCCAGACAAAAGAGAUCAUUGAAAAAUACCGAGUCGACUUUGUGAUGCAU